CUGCCCACAAUUAAAAACAAAGUCAAAUUGAAUGUACAGGAAUUAUUAUCGUCAUUUGCGUAGAUAUAAAAUUGAUAAAGUAUACAUUUUGAUUGCUUAAAUUCGCUUAAUUCAAAAUUCACAACUAUGAGUUCGAAUGAGAGAAAGCUGGAGGCUGACUACGAGAAGUUGAUAGAACAGAAUAUCAAAAGCCAGUUCGAGAAAAAUGGAACCAUGGCGGCGCUACGAUGCGAAGUGCACGUGAAGAUUCUUAUGAUGAUGCGUGGCCAGCUGGACAUGUCCAACAUCCAACCUUUAGCCGGUGGAGCAUCUGGUGGAAGCAAUCAUUCAGAAGAUCACAGCCUGGUCAAGCUCAUCAACCAGCUGGUUAUGGAGUUUCUCGAUUGGUUCGGCUACAGACACACCCUGGAAACAUUUCGCAUGGAGACGGGUGAAAGUGUGGCCAAUCGCAGGGAAAUGGAGCAAAGUCUGCUCAUCACACCCGAGUCAAAGGAUUUUCCCCUCCUGGCUCAGCUGGUUUUGCGCGAUUGGAAGUCCACUACGCAUAAAGGGGGUUCCAAAAAGGUGAUUCAACUGUCGGAUCCUGUAAAGGCACAGACUACACAACCGAGUCGGAAAUUAAUAAAGGAGCUAACAGCGAUGCGAACCCAAAAGUCUGAAACUAAGCAAGAGAAACUAGUACAAUACAACCGAAAACUCAUCUCCAAUGAUCCGCUCACAAAAGCCAUCGCCCUCAAGAGCAAUGCUACUCCACCUCGCUCGUUGAAAACCGAGAAGUGUAAGUCAUACGUGGAUAGUUCUGAAUCCGAUAUUCUGGAAUCGGACUACAGCGAGGAGGAGUCGGAGGAUAGUGACGCCUAUAAGGACAUACCCGAUAGACAGAUCUUCAUCGACGACUUGCCGCCAGAGGGAAAAUAUGCGGCUAACUAUGGCGAAGAGGGUCCCUUUGUUGCAAACAAAAAUCAGAACGUUGCUAAGGUUCAGCAAGAUGAAAUCGAGUCACACAACGACAAUAUCCCUAGCUCAUCAAAUAAGCCAAAAACACAGAGAAAACCACUAAUUGAAAGUUCCGACUCUGAAGAUAGGCCUUCGAUCAGCGGAAGGAAUAAAGUUUCUAGGCAGGACUAUUGGAAUUCCCCGCGAAGAGUGACACUGCGGAGCAAAAACACCUUGAAGUCUAAGGAUGAACCUGAUCCGGCAGUGACAAAACCCUAUUGUCCAGAUACCCACAUAGGAAAAAUAGAUUUUGACAGCGAUUACAGCUCGGAUGAAGAUUGAUCAAUAGCUAGAGUUCCAAAUUUCCCAUGUGUAUUUGCAGAUUUUAAUUUCUCGUCCUGCGCUACAUUCUUUUAGUACCACUUUAAUAAACGGAAAAUUUUGAAUGAC